AUUAUGUCAAGUUUGGCUGCGAUGGAGUUAAGUGGAGUAAGUUCAGCUGUGUUGGCCACUUUAAAUCGCAAUUUAAACAAUAAAAUUCAAAACUUUGAUAAAAUACUUGACCUAUUUAAAGAUUUGAACAUAAAAUUGGAAACAAAGAAAAAACGGCACCACGUUAAAGAACAGGAAUUUGUUGAAAAUAAGCAAUUUUUGAUUACUGAAUAUGAAUUGCUUAUGAAUGAAUUUGGAGCAUUUGAAUUGGAGCUUUGA